CGCGGAGGGAUCUGUGGGGCUCUAUGGGGUCCCUAUGGGGCUCUAUGGGGUGCCUGUGGGGCUCUACUGGGCUCUGUGGGGCUCUGUGGGGCUCUAUGGGGUCCCUAUGGGGCUCUCUUGGGGCUCUAGGGAUCCCUAUGGGGCUCUGUGAGGGUCUGUGGGGCUCUAUUGGGGCUCUGUGGGGCUCUAUGGGGCCCUAUUGGGGCUCUAGGGGGGUUCUAUGGGGCUCUAUUGGGGCUCUGUGGGGCUCUGUGGGGCUCUAUGGGGCUCCAUUGGGGCUCUAGGGGGAUCUAUGGGGCUCCAUUGGGGUCCCUAUGGGGCUCUCUUGGGUUCUUUGGGGAUCUAUGGGGCUCUAUGGGGUUCUGUGGGGAUCUAUGGGGCUCUAUGGGGGCUCUAUGAGGUCCCUAUGGGGCUCUGCGAGGAUCUAUGGGGACCUAUUGGGGCUCUGUGGGAAUCUAUAGGGCCCUAUUGGGUCCCUAUGGGGCUCUAUUGGGGCUCUAGGGGGAUCUAUGGGGCUCUAUGGGGUCCCUAUGCAGCUCUAUUGGGGUUCUAGGGGCUCUAUGGGGCUCUAUUGGGGUUCCAGAGGGAUCUAUGGGGCUCCAUUGGGGCUCUAGGGGGAUCUGUGGGGCUCUAUGGGGUCCCUAUGGGGCUCUAUUGGGGCUCUAGGGGGAUCUAUGGGGCUCUAUGGGGUCCCUGUGGGAAUCUAUGGGGCUCUAUGGGGCUCCGUGGGGCUCUAUUGGGAUACCUAUAGGGCUCUGUGGGGGUCCCCGCAUGUCCCCAUGCGUCCCUCUGCGUCCCUCUGUGUCCCCACGUGUCCCCUUGUGUCCCCCUGCCUCCAUGGCGCCCCCUGCUGACGGCUGCCGUUCCCUGCCUCCAUGGCGCCCCCUGCUGACGGCUGCCGUUCCCUGCCUCCAUGGCGCCCCCUGCUGACGGCUGCCGUUCCCUGCCUCCAUGGCGCCCCCUGCUGACGGCUGCCGUUCCCUGCCUCCAUGGCGCCCCCUGCUGACGGCUGCCGUUCCCUGCCUCCAUGGCGCCCCCUGCUGACGGCUGCCGUUCCCUGCCUCCAUGGCGCCCCCUGCUGACGGCUGCCGUUCCCUGCCGUCCCCCCGCAGGCGACUCCCUGAGCUGCCACCACGGCCAGAAGUUGUCCCAUGUGUCCCCAUGUGUCCCCAUGUGUCCCUCUUUGUCUCUAUGUGUCCCCAUGCAUCCAAAUGUGUCCCUCUGCCUCCCAAUUCAUCUCUCUGCAUCCCAACGCAUCCCCAUGCAUCCCUGUGUCCCCAUGUGUCCCUCUGCAUCCCUCUGCAUCCCAAUGCAUCCCUGUGCAUCCCCAUGUGUCCCUAUGGGUCCCUCUAUGUCCCCAUGUGUCCCUAUGGGUCCUUCUGCAUCUGUCUGCAUCCCACUGCAUCCCAAUGCAUCUCUGUGUGUCCCUCUGCAUCCCAUGUGUCCCCAUGUGUCCCCAUGUGUCCCUAUGGGUCCCUCUGUGUCCCUCUGCAUCCCAAUUCAUCCCUCUGCAUCCCAAUGCAUCCCAGUGCAUCCCUGUGUCCCCAUGUGUCCCCACGUAUCCCCACAUGUCCCCUUGUGUCCCCCCGUGUCCCAUUGCACCCCACUGACGGCUGCCGUUCCCUCCCUCCGUCCCCCAGGCGACUCGCUGAGCUGCCACCACGGCCAGAAGUUCUCCCAUGUGUCCCCAUGCAUCCCUGUGUGUCCCCAUGUGUCCCCACAUGUCCCCAUGUGUCCCCCAUGCAUCCCUCUAUGUCCCCAUGUGUCCCUCUGCAUCCCUGUGUCCCCAUGUGUCCCUAUGGGUCCCUCUGCAUCCCUGUGUCCCUCUGCGUCCCCAUGUGUCCCCAUGUGUCCCUCUGCAUCCCAAUGCGUCCCUGUGUGUCCCUCUGUGUCCCCGUGUGUCCCUAUGUGUCCCCAUGUGUCCCUCUGCAUCCCUUUGCAUCCCAAUGCAUCCCAGUGCAUCCCCACGCAUCCCUGUGCGUCCCUAUGUGUCCCUAUGGGUCCCUCUAUGUCCCCAUGUGUCCCUAUGGGUCCCUCUAUGUCCCUAUGUGUCCCUAUGUGUCCCCAUGUGUCCCCAUGUGUCCCUAUGUGUCCCUCUUUGUCUCUAUGUGUCCCCUUGUGUCCCCCCGUGUCCCAUUUUACCCCCACUGACGGCUGCCGUUCCCUCCCUCCCACAGGCGACUCCCUGAGCUGCCACCAUGGCCAGAAGUUCUCCCAUGUGUCCCCAUGUGUCCCUAUGGGUCCCUCUGCGUCCCUCUGCAUCCCAAUGCAUCCCAGUGCAUCCCAGUGCAUCCCUGUGUCCCCACAUGUCCCCAUGUGUCCCUAUGUGUCCCAUUGCACCCCACUGACGGCUGCCGUUCCCCCCUCCCGCAGGCGACUCCCUCAGCUACCACCACGGCCAGAAGUUCUCCCAUGUGUCCCUAUGGGUCCCUCUAUGUCCCCAUGUGUCCCUAUGGGUCCCUCUGCAUCCCUUUGCAUCCCAAUGCAUCCCAGUACAUCCCCACGCAUCCCUGUGUGUCCCCAUGUGUCCCUAUGUGUCCCUCUAUGUCCCCAUGUGUCCCCAUGUGUCCCUCUGCAUCCCUUUGCAUCCCAAUGCAUCCCAGUACAUCCCCACGCAUCCCUGUGUGUCCCCAUGUGUCCCUAUGGGUCCCUCUAUGUCCCCAUGUGUCCCUAUGGGUCCUUCUGCAUCUGUCUGCAUCCCACUGCAUCCCAACGCAUCUCUGUGUGUCCCCCACAUGUCCCCAUGUGUCCCUAUGUGUCCCCAUGUGUCCCCAUGUGUCCCUAUGUGUCCCAUUGCCCCCCACUGACGGCUGCCGUUCCCUCCCUCCGUCCCCCAGGCGACUCCCUGAGCUGCCACCACGGCCAGAAGUUCUCCCAUGUGUCCCUAUGGGUCCCUCUAUGUCCCCAUGUGUCCCUAUGUGUCCCUCUGCAUCCCUGUGUCCCUCUGCAUCCCCAUGUGUCCCUAUGGGUCCCUAUGGGUCCCUCUGUGUCUCAAUGCAUCCCAAUGCAUCCCAAUGCAUCCCCAUGUGUCCCCCCGUGUCCCAUUGCCCCCCACUGACGGCUGC